UCCAUAUUUACGAUCGUUGUCGUUUCACAGAAUUAAAGGAUAAUCGUCAUUGGCGCUGGGGUGAAGAUCAGCUGUUUCAGCCACUUGGAUCAGGGAGGAAGUGAUGCAUUGAAAUGCCCGUAAAGAAGCUCCUCCAAAAGGGGGAAGCACAAAGAAAUUGUCUACCGUAAAUUUCGUUGGAGUCUCUCAACUCCCUUCGAUGUCCCAACUGUACUUUUCGUGCAAAUAGAAUGACACGUCUGAAACGUUAAACGUUUAACUUGGCUCUGUUUUUCACGAGCGGGCUACAUUUUAUAAGUUCUUUUUUAGCUGCUUGCUAGCUAGGCGAGCUAAUGUUGAGUUAACGCGACGAGUUUGUCACGACUUCCACUUCUUUUCUGGUCGUAUCGGCCAAUUUGUUAUCGUUUUUAUUAUCACGGGUAUCUAACGGGUGGGAUGUUUUUCCGAUUCCACACCAUUGGAACUUCAGAAAAGGUUGUCUUUCUGACACGGACAUCAAGGUCACAAUGAUGGGGAAGCAUAGAGAAGAGCGACUGUGAUUUGUGGCCAAUGCAGUGUGAUGGAUUGUCUGGUUUGACAACUGGCAGUACAAGAACUGGAUCGUGGUAUAUUUGGCACAGGUUUGAGGGCAUGUUGAGACAUCCGGAUGGGCCAGAGCAGAGGUGUCUAGGCGGUUCGGACGGGGACUGAAGGGUGGAGGAGGUUCGAGAGACGGGCGAGCCGGCAGAAAGACAUGGGCCAGUGCAUCACCAAGUGCAAGAACCCGACGUCCUCGCUCGGCAGCAAGAGUGGCGACAAGGAGAGCGGCUCCAAGUCGCACAAGAAAAGCAGCUGCAUGGGUAGCGCCGGAGCCAACAAGGAGGAGGCUGGCGGCAAACCCGGCGGCGAGCUCCCCAAUGGCACCAAGGCCCCGGAGGUUUCCGUGGAGACGCCCAUUAUCUCGGCCUUGAUGGGAGAACCGCGCAAGGAGGACAGUCUAGAAGGGGACGGGCUGUCCGUUAAGCACAUUGAGGAGCUCUUCUUGUGCUACAAGGACGAGCAAGAGGACGCCAUCUUGGAGGAAGGCAUGGAGCGCUUCUGCAACGACCUGUGCGUGGACCCGGCCGAGUUUCGCGUGCUGGUUCUCGCCUGGAAGUUCCAAGCGGCCACCAUGUGCAAGUUUACAAGGAAAGAGUUUGUGGAGGGCUGCAAGGCCAUCCAGGCGGACACCCUCGAAGGCAUCUGCUCCCGCUUCCCCUGCAUGCUGCUGGAGGCUCAGGGCGAGGAGAACUUCAAGGACCUGUACCGCUUCACCUUCCAGUUCGGCCUGGACGCCGACGAGGGCCAGCGCUCGCUGCAGCGUGACAUCGCCAUCGCGCUGUGGCGCCUGGUCUUCACCCAGCACAUGCCCUCCAUCUUGGAGCACUGGCUGGACUUCCUGUCCGAGAACCCCUCGGGCAUCCGGGGCAUCUCCCGGGACACGUGGAACAUGUUCCUCAACUUCACGCAGGCCAUCGGGCCCGACCUGAGCAACUACAGCGAGGACGAGGCCUGGCCCAGCCUCUUCGACACUUUUGUUGAGUGGGAGAUGGAGCGCAGGAAACGAGAGGAGGAACGGGCGGCGGCGCCGGGCGGAGAGGGCGCGCUCACCGAGGACGAGUGCCCGCUCAGCGCGGACAGGCUUGAAACGGGCGGUGGCCGCGGAUCACAGACGUGGGGGUGCCGCUGACCCGAGAGAAACUUGGGCUUGGAAGUCAACCAUCGGAUGGAUGUUGGUAUCAUCAUACAGCUGAGCAGUUUUCUUGGGAUGGGAUUCCAGUUUUGCAGUUUUUUUUUGUUUUUUUUUAGGUUUUGGAAAGGGCUCUGUGAACUGACAUUUCAAGCACUUCUAUUUAAGUUAUUGCUCUUCUUCCCCUUGCAUUUUUUUUAAGUGACCUUUUUACUUGCACCGUGUCUGUUGAAGGCUUUGUUCAGAAACAAAAAAAAGCAAAGAGCUAUAACAUUUAUCCCUCAUUCCUGUUUUAGAAGUUACAUUGGUGCCUUGAGACACGAGCCGACAUUGGGAUUAUUUUUUUUUAUUUUUAGCUUGCACGUGAGCAAAAACUUCAAAUUUGAGCGCUGUUUGCUGACCCAAAUUUGAAUUAAUCCUCUGCAAAGAUUGACUAAUAUUUUGAUUUCCAAGCAUGGUCGCAGAAUUGCUUUUAAUUUGUAUCUCAAGGCACCGUCAUUUGAAUCUGGUGAUUACUGACGUGUUUUGUGUUUGAGAAAAAAAAAAAAAGGGAAACGUCGAAUAAUGUUUGGAAACGUGAGGCUCAUCCCGAUUAGUCUAAUGUGGGUUUUAUUUGCUUCUAUCUUGCAGUGCUGUGACGGCGGAUUAGUUGCACUUGCCUUGCCUUGGCCACUUUUGGCAAACAAAGCUACAAUUAUUUUCCAAGGGCAUUUUCUAUACGGACGGAAUUCCUUUGACGUUUUCACUCACUGCAAAUCCAGCUUCCGUGGUAAGAGACCCACAUUUUCCGACACCCGAUUUUUGCGGCGCUUCACGUUGACCCCUCGCACCUCAACGUUCCUUUCACAAAGCGGCCAAGUGUGUCAAAACACAAUGACGCUGGCUUUUACUUGAAAUCCCAAACGAGCUAAAGUUACCCCGAGUCUCGUCCGUUUCCAGUCAAGAAGACGCUCGCUCGAUCCCUGUUGCUUUUGGAAGAUGAAUAUUGUUUACCUCCAGGCGGUUCGGGUUUGAUGGCCUGUACACAAACACGCAAAGAGUGCACAAAGUUCUAAUAUUGCACAAAACUAUGGCAUGCUGGUUGCUGUAAUGUCGCUAAACUGCAAUGCUGUCUGUCAGCCGCAAUAAAUCAAUUGAAGCCCCUCACAAAGUAGAUAAAUAAACUAGAGUAUGGAAAGCUGCUUGAGCAUUUUCCCCCCAGAUUAAGGACCAUGUACUCACUAGUAAAAUGAUUUUGUUUUCAUUCACAACUUUAAACAACCCUACAGGUGAAGUCAAGGACAUUGCUCAAUUUUCAGCUUUCCAUACUCUGGCGUUAAUGAGUCUGCAAUUGUACUGAAAGAGGGAGACCAUAACCUGAUCUGUUUAGUUUACAACCACAACGGUUUUAUUUCAGACCUCAGUCGAUCCCUUCGUUUAUAUAAACUGUAUUGGUUUCUAAUUAAUAAACAGUGUUCAACUUCUGA